AUGUUGAAUGUGAUUGGCUGGCUUGUUUCAGGGAUCCAGUUCCGUCUUCCCUCUAUCUGCACCAUUGACCGGACGACCCACGAAACCCCAGGUAAACCUCCUGUCCGAGCCAAUAGGUGGUGAUGAAUAACAUGUUUUGAUCCAGCAUCAUUAUUAUUUAUUCAUGAAAUACAGUUAGAAUGCUGUGAGAGAGCAGUCUCACUCUCACACUGGCUUAUCGAAUUUAUCAAGAUAAACACAGCAACACCACCACAUUAUUAAUAAUCCCUGAAAACAAGCAUUCGUUUUACUGCUAAGACCCAGCGACUAUCUCUAUCUCUGUGUUCCUGUUUGGUCACUCCUGGUUGUUUUCUCCUUGAGCAUCUCUCUACCUUAUUGGUUCAUCAGGCACAAGCCUUUAUCUCAAAGGUAGAUUGAAAAACGACAGUGGAAUGUAAAAUGGUCCUGCACCCACUCCUCUUCUACCCCGUUCUCCUCUCGCGCUCCUCCUCCUGAAACGGGCUGAGGGAGUGAGAGAAGUCGUGAGUGCUCUAUCGAUGACGAACGCUUUCCGGACAUUGGCCCACAUGACUGAUGGUCCGUCAGUUAUGAGCCCCCUUGCCUCCCUCCCUCCGCCCCUCCCUUCAACCGGACACCCCUCAUGCCCCCUCCCUCUCCACCCAGGUCCAGCCAGGACAGCAGCAACCCACACACAGCCUUCUCCUCUGUACAGGCCAAGGUUUCUAUGUUUAUUUCCUUGGGCCUUAGUGAUCCAUCUGGCGGGCAGAGCACUUUGUCAAGCCAUUUUGUUUUAAAGGAUGGAGUUCAGGCCAGGAUAUUUACAUCAGUCACUGUGGCAGAUGCUGUGCUGUCAGCUAUGGAGUAACAGAGAGGAAGUCACUGGUGUCUGGCACACUUCUCUCUCCUGUCCUGUCUUGUCCGACUAGAGCUCUGUCUCUCUCUCCAUGCUCUCCGUGCUUUCUCUCUCUCUGUGCUCUCACUCUCCAUGCUCUCUCUCUCUCUCUACUCUCUCUCUAGGCACUCACUCCAUGCUCUCUCUCUCUCCCCCUCCCCUCUCUCUGAAGUAGUUUUAGUAAGUGUCUAAGGUAGUUCUCAUCUUUGUAUUUUUGUAGUUUUUUGGGCUGGGACACUCUUGACAGUGAUGAUAAUAGAGUUCUCCAUCCAUGCACCCAGGUCAUUUACAUAUCCUUAAAAGCCUGCAAAAUGAAGCACAGUUUUAUGAGAGUGAUCAAUUUAAUCUGGAAGAAACGCUCUUAAUGACACGUCCCUCAAGUCCCUUGCUCUCUCUACUAUUAGCAUACAAUUCAGACCUGAUCAAUUGAGAUUCCCUAACAGAGACUGAGCACUUGAAUCACGCUCAUUGUGUCUCAAGUUAAUCAAACUGGAUGUGUGUGUGUGUCUGUGUGUGUUUGGGGUGCUUGAGCACAAAAUGAUUCAGCAUGAUGAAUUUGUAAUGCUAAAGUUUUCCAUAAGAAAUCCUCUUGAGUUUUAAGAAAAUAUUUAAGAAAAAACUGUUAUUGUUCUAUUCAGAAAGCACAGUUUACCACUUAACUCGGCAGCAUUCUUGUCAACACGAUGUUCUUGUUUAGUGUGAAGUAAAUGUGUCCACAUUGUUGUCAUGGAGAUAAAGAUCAGGUUUUCUGUCUGGUUAGUUAUUGUGUGAUUUAAAGGUAAAGUAAAACCACCUGUCUGCCUGGUAUGGUUGCCAUUGUAGUUCAGUUUAUUUCCUUUUACAAGCAGCCCAUAGGCUUUUCUGCAUUUCAAUAUUCAUUAGAAAUAAUUUGUCCUUGUCGAAUAUGUGUUUUUGUAUUUGUGUACAUGCCUCAAACGGUGCCUGGUGUAUUGUUCCCAUCUCUCUGUGCUGUUGGGCUGUUUUCUGGGACGUGAGGGGACAGGCUAAAUGCUAAGUAACACUGCCAAGAUCGGGGCAAGAGUUAUGAGUCCCCAUUGCAUGAGUCGCUUGGAAAUAAUGUGUCUAUUUUGGUCCUUCUGCUGAAUCAUCUCUCCCUCUUUCUCUCUGUCUUUAUUUCCCUCUCUUCCUCACCCUCUCUUUCUUUCUUUCUAUCUCUCUUGCUCUCUCACUCUCCCUCUGUCUCUUUUUUUUAAUCUCUUCUUUUUUACACUCUCUCUCUACUGACUCAUCUUGGUGACCUCUUUGAGAUCAUUUUGUGAAUGGGAAACAAAGUGCUGACCUACUGUGUAAUUCAGGGUGUUCCUCAUUCCCUCUCUGAGAGUUCUGAUGAGCCAAGACCACUCUGGGCUUUGAUCAUUAGAUGUUCUUUAAAUGGACAAGCUGUUUGUAUUAGGCUACUCCUUCAAAGCUCUGGUUUAAAGAAGAGGACACAUCAAACCCAGAGUCAUUUAUUAGUCCAACAGUCCAACAGAUUUAACACCAUAUUCUCUUAUAAUCCCUUGCUCAUCAAAUACAUGUAAGGAGAAGGGCUGUCAACAAUCCACAGUGAAUAGUACUCAGUGGUCUCUCCUCUCUCUUAUCGUCAACGGCAUAGCCCUACAGUACUUGAACUACCACAUCAUAUGCAUUAGUUUGAACUUUGACCUCCUCUAUUCUUCUAUUUUUCAGCGGUCACGUACAUGAACAACUACAAGAAGACGACCCCUCCGCCAGUCCCACCCCGCUCCACCUCAGGCUCCAAGCCCCUCAUCUCUGUCACGGCUCAGAGCAGUACAGAGUCCACCCAGGACGCGUAUCACGAGGGCAGGCACCCUCGAGGGUGGGGGGACGGGCUGGGCCUUAGCCUGGGCAGGGCCCUGUAUAACUCCACAGACAGCCUGGACAGUGCCAAGGCCGUGACUAUAGCCAUGGAGGCAGCUGGGCUGAUGUCUGGGAAGAGGCACCCGUCCACAGACCGUCACAGCUCAGUGAUGACCUGUGAUAAAGCCAUCCUGGUGUCCAAGGCUGAGGAGUACCUCAAAACACCACGCUCUUCCAUAGGGAUACAGGUGAGUGGCACACACACACACACAGGCCUACACGUUGUGCACACACACACCCACACAUUCAUAAAGUCACACACUCAUUCAGGCACAGCCUCCUCUCCUCGAGGUCCAUAAAUGGCACCAAUGAGUCAUCUUACUGCAAUCCAUUAAUUUGUUUCCAACUCAUGAAUAGGGCUUCACUGAAUUGGUCUCUCUCGCCCUCUUCACUCCAUUUCCUCUCUCUCUUCACUCUCUCUCUCUCUUUUCCCUCUCAUUCUCUCUUCCCUCUGUGACCCUGAGAAUAAUGGACUUGAUCACACACGCAGUCUGCAGACGUCAGGUCUGUCCGUGCCCCUGAAUAAAACAGACAGACCGGUAGACAGACAUCCCUUCAGACUGCAUACAGCCUUUCAUCAGUAUAGAAUAUUAGAGUUGUUCUGCUUGUUUGUGGAGACAGGUGAGUCUCAGUCACUCAGAGAUGAUCAGGCAGCCUAUCCUAGGGGAUGAAUGAUGAUGAUUUUAAGUGGCUGAGCUGAACGUUGUUAUGCUCAUCGUGGUGGGCCUGAAUUAUAUUGGUUUUCAAAUUGGCUCCAGUGAUGUGUGUAAAAUAUAGAAGCACUUUUGAUUAGUGAUGGCUGGCAGUGUGAAGGUCUACAGUUACUGAAACAUACCAUAAGGGCCACAUGCAGCGCAAAAAAUGCACCAAAACCUCCUACAAAGUUUAUCUUUAAACUGUGCCACUAGUAUUUGGCCAGUGUAGUAAGAUCAAUCUACAUUCACCUGCAUCAUCACAGACCUCCUGGGGACAUACCGUACAGUAUAAUUAUCCUCUGGAAGUGUAGCCUUAUUGAUUGGCCCAAAAGUUUGACCUUUCACCCCUUACUUCCGGCAGGACCACAAUCUUAAUCCUUAGCCUUUGACCCUUUUUGCACAGUGUUUGAGUUUUGACCCCUCAUGUUCUGGGGGCCAUUAAAGUGUACAGUGUCCAUAUUAGGACAGCGUAAGAAUGGAUCCUGUAGCAGGACCUUACUCUCACUACCUACCUACCUCACUACCUACCUUCAUCUCAAUGAGACUAAGCCAUGUCUGAGUAAAAUGCUGAUGCCUACAGUUUUCACACCUGUGCUGUGUGUGUAGUAUAUGUCUGUGUAGCAUAGUGUGUGUGUGUGUGUGUGUGUGUGUGUGUGUGUGUGUGUGUGUGUGUGUGUGUGUGUGUGUGUGUGUGUGUGUGUGUGUGUGUGUGUGUGUGUGUGUAGCGUGGUGUGUGUGUGUGUUCACCAAACCAGGUGUUGCUUUUUUUUUUCUUCUGUCUCUGCCAGCACACUUUGAACAUUGCCCAGGCUCUCCUAAAUCUCUCCCCUCCUCAUCCACCAUAAAGCAACAGCCCAUUCUGUCUCUCUGAAGUGGACUUUGCUUUGUGCCAGAAAGUAACAGACGUCACCUCAACCAGCAGCAACUCACCGCUGACUUUCUUUCUGGGAAAGAAAAGGGGGGUUCAGAGCACUGUCACUUAUUGUGCUGUUUGUACCAGGCUCUGCAAUGUAACAGACUUGACAUUUUACCACAGAUGAAAGGGAGUUAGAAGAAUAACUACUUCUUUGCUCAAACCACUACUGGGGUGGGCUAUAUCAGCUGAUCGUCGCUAGUGUACGCUAGAUUCAUCAGCUAGUUAACUAGGCUAUGCUGUCAAAACAAGCUAACUAGUCUUUACUUGAUUUGAAUUUGUUCUGCUAUUGACAGAUGCGAACUGCUGUUGAUUCCUUCCCUGUCCCUGUCUGUGAGACAACACAUGAUAGCAAUUCUAAAGCAUACCUACUUGCGGUAUUUAUUUCGAACUCACUGCCUGGUGGGUGUGGGAAGCACGUGACAAGGAUGAGUGCAGCAAGGCACUGCCACGCUCGUGGUGGCAGAAGGACGGGGGAGUGGACUUUUUUUCAAGAUUAAUGAGUUCAUGAGAAAUGAUGUAGUUUGAUAGGCAAUUUGUUGCAUUUAUAGUUGCAAUAGAGAAAAUAGACAAAACAUUUAAUAAAAAGAAAUGUUCAUAGGAGGGCUAAAUGGCAGGUGCUCCAGCAGCCCUAGGGAUAUAUCUGUGCCUGCUAGACAUGAACACACACUCCUCCGUUCGUUGCAAACCACUUAAAGCUAAAGAGUUAUUAAUGUGAAUUUGGAGCUUUUAAGGCAUAAGGCUCUCAGACAGACAGGCGUUCCAAGCUGGCCCUAGUCAGGAUUCUGCCUGCGUCGGCUGGAACACUAUGUCAGGGUCAGCCCAUUAACUCAGAACUGGGGGAAGGUGUGAUCUCUCAGAGGGAAGGAGGAUUAAAAUGUGGAUGAAUUGAUUUUCAAAUUACCCUGCUAAUCAAAUAGUAAAUUGUAAAAUUAGAAGUCUGCUGUUUUCACACUUGUAUUACUCAUCAGAGAGACAGCCUGGGAGUGGGCAUCUCAAGGACUAAUUCUAGCUACCACACACAACUACCUCCCAAAUAUAACUAGUCCAUGCAGACUGUAGGCUAUCUGCAACGUCAGGAUAAAACUUUUGUUGACAAUACUUCUAAUAAAGGGCCAGUCACACAGGAUGCAUGGUUUUUGUGUGAAAUACAGUCAGGUCCAAAUGAUUGGCACCCUUUGAUAAAGAUGAUUAAAAAAAGACUAUAAAAUAUAUAAUACAAAUGCUGAGCUAUAUUUUAUCCUCCAAAAAAUUGGGAAAUUAUAUUAUUUUAUACAAAUGCAAUUGCUCAAUUGGGGUUAUUGUCUUGCUGGAAGAUCCACUUGCGGCCAAGUGUCAGCCUCCUGGCAGAGGCAACCAGGAUUUUGGCUAAAAUGUUCUGGGACUUGGUAAAGUUAAUGAUGCUGUUGACCUUAACAAGGGCCCCAGGACCAGUGGAAGCAAAAUAGUCCCAUAACAUUAAAAGGAUCUGUGCUGCUGGGGACAUUCGAUCAGGAUCAGCAACCCUCAGGACAAACAGGGAUCAGUCUCUAUCAUCUCUGGCACCAUGCACCAAUGAACACUAACAAAGAUCUGUGUGUCUGUAUCACACACCACCCCAGGUGAUCACACCUCGCCACUCCCUAAUCAGGUGUUGUAAUUUGUUUCAUUUUUUUAAACUACCACCACUGUGUAUAUCCAUCACGGCUGCUUGUUGUUGGUAUAAAUCACUGUGCUGAGGGUGUUGAAGAACUAGUUGUGUUUGGUUGGGUUCUCUGCCUCCAUAAAUCACACUGCGGUUAUGUUCUGACAGGCCUCUUACAGUUGAGGAGGCGCAGCACUGGCCCCAAACCAAUAACCCCACAGACAUCUGGGAGUGGUAAUAAUGAGAAUGCUGUUGCUAUGUUAUUAUGUUGCAUUAGGUGGAAGCAGCCACCGACUCGGAGUCAGAAAGCAAAGGGUCGAAGGAAUACCAUUCUGUGGGGAUCCAAGUGGAAGAUGACAAACGGUAAAAUUACUCUUGGUGUUCUUUUUUUAUAGAUUCCUUUUCCCAUUUCUGGAUUUGUGCUCAUCAACAGUGUGUUAUUAAAGACCCCAACCUUUCCUCUUUCUCUAUGUGUGUGUUUGUUUACAGUAUCCCUUGAUGCUAAAUGACUAAAAUGUAAAUGUAAUGGUCUAAAUGUUUGCUUUCCCUAAUCUGUGUCUCAGAGGCCAGGGUAGGUUGAAGCGCUCCAAUAGUGUAACAGCCUCCGUGCAAGCUGACAUGGAGAUGGAGGGGCUUCCCACCAUGGAGGACAAGGGCCUACAAUUUGGAGGGGGCUUCCUAGGGGGGCACUCUGAGCCCAGCACGCCCACCCAGUAUGGGGUGCGCACCGUCCGCACCCAGGGCCUCUUCAGCUACCGGGAGGACUACCGGACCCCCACGGAGCCCCCCAGCACCCAGCAGACCUCCAGCGAGACCACCUGGCAGCUAGAGCCCCCCUCCCCCAGGGAGCCAGCAGAGUCGUCGGGCGAGUCGGGCCGGACGUCCCCCGCCUUGCGGAGGGAUGGAAGCUGGUUCAUGCAACUGCUCCACACAGAGACCAAGAGGAUGGAGGGAUGGUGUAAAGACAUGGAGGCAGAGGCGGAGGAGAACGACCUCUUUGAGGACAGUGAGUGGGAUAGGAGUCAGAAUGUACAGUCAACUGGCAGACAUUUUCUUCCAAAGAGACUCAAGACUUUCAUGUAACAGAUGAUGAGUUGACUGUCUGUCUUUCAGUCCUAGGUAAAAUCAGGAGUGCGGUGGGCAGUGCUCAGCUCCUCAUGUCUCAGAAAUUCCAGCAGUUUUACUGGCUGUGUCAGCAGAACCUGGUGAGUAACACGUCACUGAAACAAUGACCCUGUGUGUGUCUGUGUACAUACAGUGUGUGGGAGUGUUUGUGCGUGUGUGUUUAAAAAACUAUUGCGCUACUCGGGCCCGUGAAAGGAAAGGAUACAGUUAUAUCGGCUGCAUUCCUGUAUCCACCAGCACUGUUCUCCUGUCUUACAUAGAAUGGCUUAGCCCAACAGGUCAGAAGCUUUUAAAUGCGCCAUUGAGUGUGAAAGAAAUACAAAAUAAGAAAUUCUAUCUGAAAUGAGAACAUCUUGAGGAGAACAAUGAGAGACUGUGAAUGUUCCCAAUGAUGCACUCACAGCUCUGACUAGAACACUAAGAUGCCCACUUUAAAUUCAGAACUAUUGCCGCAGUCCACUCUCUUCAUCCUAUCAAAAAACACUUGGAAGGGCUGGAAUAUCUGGCUGAUACUUUCCUACCUCUAAUCUUACCCCUCUUUAUUGAUAUCAGCCAAAUAUCCAAUAUUUGAGAUUAAGCCUGUCUUUGGUUAUGAAAACAUGUUGCUAUUUUUUGCCAUAUACAGCAGAAAUUGCUGCAUUCAGAAAAGGCUGAAAUGUGCAUGGGGAUUAUUUAGUUUAAACUAGUCUUUAAUAUAGAGUUUUCCUGCUUCUAUUUCCCUCACUGUAGGGGAGAGGACAGCAGUUAUAAAAGCUUACGCAAGCUGCUGCAUCUCUCCAUAUGACAAAGACAGUUUACAAAUAAUACUGCAUACACUUUCAGAACAUGGAUUUAAGUCCAUUUGAAGAAGUGGCGUCUGCAAAUAAGAGGCUUAAGGAGAUGUCUAAUUGCGCUUUAUCGAGCCGUCUUCCCCCACCCUUUUUCCUCCUGGAUAACGUAAGCCGGAGUUAAACAAGCUUUCAAAGACAGGCGCAGAGUGUAGCGCAAGUUUUAUUGUGGGAGGAGCUACAGGAUUAAGGCAUACUGACACAGGCAAGGCUUAUAUUUCCCAGAAUCCUUUAAUGUGUCAGCCUCAUUCACUCACCCAGUAUACGUUUAUGUUUUUGUUAUUUGUUUGCUUACGCUGGCUUGUGUACAGCCUUCUUUUUGAACCCCCGUCCAUGUUGAUGAGAUGAGCCCCGCGGUGUCUUCCACUACUUCUCCUCUGGGUCUCUGUGUAUCUCCCCUGUGAAGUUUCAGACCGAGGCGAUGAAUGAGGUAGAUCUGUGACCGGGUGAGAUCUCAGCCUGUCACAGCCUCUCCACACUGCUAUGAGUCACCCAGCAGGCUUGAUCUGGUGCUGUGCUUUCAGAAUAGUGCCUCAGUGCUUCUACUCUUAGCAUCACUUUAUAGUGGCAGUGGCCUAAACUAUUGCGUUUUUAACUUGUGCAGUUACCCUUUAACCAUAUACAGCAAAUGCAGUUCUUAACACUGAGUAAGUACUGCUUACUAUUUUUCAUUUCCGAGACUUUCCACUAUAGUUAAUCUAUUCAUUGUAAUUCAGAGUGACCCUGGCCUUUACUUCAGAGCCUAUAUAUUUCGAUCUACAUCCAGAAUGCAGCAGUCUGAAAUGCCACCAGACAGUCGGCUGUGAUAUUGUUGUGCCCUCCAGCCAUCCAAUAUAUGAAGCACAUAAAGUCACUGAAUUAAUGGGGGGAGAUGGUGACCUGCGUCCAAUGGGAUGCUGUGGAUCUUAUUUCUCUAUGGAUUAACUUCAUAACAGAGUUGGAGAUAUUGAUUUAGGCUAUAGUCUCACUAGUAUUGUCUGUGGGUUCAAUAGUGUGACUGAUUGUGACUCUAGCCGAUGUGAUGUGAUGAAUAAGACUUACUGGCAGUGAAUGAAAUGUGAGCCCUCUUCAUUUUUUCCCCAUCCUCAGGGGGAUUAGGAGGGAUUGCUACUUACUGAUCACAUUUUGUUAUGGCUCAUUUCAAUGGAUUGUCCUCCAAGUCCUAUAGUCUAACCAUGAGAUGACGAUGGGAAUACAGUUAUUGUCUUUUCUGAAGUUUGACCUUCCUGCUCCCAUGACUUUGCUGGAAACAUUUGUUUUAUUAUUAGAAAAAAUACCAUAAAUCAUUGAGGUUUUCCUCUGUUUGAGUUCUAAUAAGGACAUCUAGUGGGCUUUGGUAGAAGUGCAACAAAAACUCCUUAUGUACACUGGGAUUUGAGUAUCUGUAAUUCAGACACUGAUGUGGUCCUUUAUCACCCCUUGCAGGACCCCAGUGCCAUGCCCCGCCCCACCUCUCAGGACCUGGCUGGAUUCUGGGACCUCCUGCAGCUGUCCAUUGAUGACGUCACCACCAAGUUUGACGAGCUGCAGCAGAUGAAGAACAACGAGUGGAGGCCCGUGGAGAAGAGCCCAGAGAAAAAGGUGGCUAGCACUAAGGUAUACAGAAUACAAUCUAGAAUUGUUCUGUUGUCCAUGGUGGGUAGUCUCAGUGACAGGUGAGACAGAAUCAUUAUAUUUCUAUGGACAGAUUCAGCUACAUAUAGCACAGUCAGAGCCUUAUUAAACAGAGAUGUGAGAUGACUCAGAGCCACGUAGUAGUGGUGUGGAGUGGUGCUGUUCUGUAUGUGAGGUCAAAUGCUUAGUGAAGCACCACUGGGUGUCAUUGACAUUGUGGUUAACUAUGACGAUUUAUUUCCAACCUCUCAAAUGGAUGAUAUGUCAACUACUGGCAAUACAAGUUGAAUUAUAGAAUAGUUUUCGAUACGGAUCAGAUUUUGGUCUAGUUCAUCUCUUUCUUCCUGUGUCCAGUUACCACCUGUCGUACCAAAGAAGUCCAUGAUCGGGAAGAGAGGCGUGACACGGGAGAAGUCUCUUGACCUUCCAGACCGCCACCGCCUGGAAGCACGCAGGAGGCUGAUGCAGGCCAAGCGGGCGGCUUCCUUCCGUCAGAACUCGGUGUCAGAGAGAGCAGACAGCAUCGAGAUUUAUAUCCCUGAGGCUCAGACUCGCCUUUGA